AUAACCUUCAAGGGCAACAGUUUCAGGAAUAGAAUUUUAUUCCAUUUUUUGUUUUGUUUAAUCUGGUAAAAGCAAAAAUUUAAUUUGUUAACGUCGGAAAUGAACAACAAUGACUAUUUAUUUGUUAAAGUUUUUUUUAUUUAUGUCUACUUUGGACAAAGUUUUGUUAGGUUUUCAAGAAAUGAAUCUUGUUGUUGUGGAUAGUACAUCUCAAGAAGAAAAUCCAGCUCAUUUACUUAAGUUUUUAAAUGAUUCUUUGGUGCUUGGGUGCUAUUUAAAAAAUAACACAGAAGAUAAUGACAUUGAUCUUAAAUGGAUUUAUUACAGAUCAUCUUUUGAUGCAAUAGAUGAAGACUUUAGUAACGAAUCAUCCAUUGCAAAACCAUAUGACAUAGUUAAUGAAAAUGGUACCCUUAAACUUCACAUAUCUCACUUGCAACUUGUACAUAAUGGCAAAUACAAGUGCGAAGCAAGAAUCAAUGAUUCUGAAGUAUAUAAUCAAAAUGUAACGCUUAUUGUAAAAUCAAGACCAAAUCCAUGUGAAGGUAGAAUUAAAUGUAGUAAUGGAAGAUGCAUCCCUGAAGAAUGGUGUGAACCUUGUGAUCCGCAAAAGAUAAAUUGCACAAACAGGUACAUCCAUGAUUGUUGUCCAAACCAAGUCAUCAUAAAUUUUCCAAAAGGAUUAAUAUACGGCGAUGGAAGUUAUCCUGGAAGAUAUAAUGAUUACGAUAGACUUAAUAUGCAACAGCAUUAUGAUAUAAAUUUUAUUCAGACGACAAUCUACACUAUCAUUGGUUGUGCAUUAGUAUUUAUGAUCAUUGGAACAGUAUUGGUUGUGGCUAUUUGUCGCAUUCAUAUGAAGCGUUCACCCAUUACUCAUGUGCCAAAUAAUAGACGGAGUUAUACUACCACUGCAUAUCACAGAGCAUUUACUCAAGAAAUUGGUGUCUACGACUUAGAUAUAUCGGUGAACCGACCUGAAGGACCAGGUCUUCUCGUUACUUACAACAUCAACAAUGGCGUUCAAAUAGUUGGUAGUCCUGUGGAGCCUCCCCCUUAUUCUGAAAUAGCAUCACUUCCUCCUCGAGAAGGACCUCCACCCCCCUAUACACUUUCUAAUUUGUAUGAUAAUACUCAGAAUCUUCUGAAUGUAAGAUCUGCUCAGCGUGAAGCAUCGCCUAAGUCCAAUAAUAAUAGACCAAUACGACAUGGUUUAUCGAAUGGUAGAGUGUCUUCAGAGCCUUCAUUGUUAAAUGUUAACAGACUGUAAAUAUUGUUUUUAUUUUAUUCUUUUUUUAUAGUAAAACAAGUUUAUAAAAAAUAGGUGCUAAUUUUUUAAAUAAAUGAAAUUGCAUUUU